GCACAUUAUUUACAAGUCGUCAUGACGUCAUAUCCCCUGCUGAGCAGAGGUGAAGAAUUUUGAAGGCUCACGAGGUUAAAAUUAAUGAAAAUGGUUGGUGAUAACAAGUGCACACGACAAAGUUGUCAACUGUCUAUUGGAACUGGCACCUGUGCAUGGUGACCAUUCAAGACCAAAAUCAAUACACAAUUUGUAAAAUUGCUGUUUCCCACUACAUAAUUGAUCCACUGUUGCCUAACAGAGUGGUCGCUAUUGGAUAAACCAAGUCAGGUUGGUGGCAAGACCUUGGUUCAACAGAUAUACUAGAAUGGGCUGUGGUUCCUCUACAGGGAAUGGCUCCUCAGCUACUUUAGAAGGCAAAGAACCUUAUAAUAAUAAUGUGGAAAAAGAGAAUAAUAAACAGAUUCAGAAUGGUCACAUUCAAAAUGGACAAGUCUGUCAUGAAGAGAAUCAUGAGGAACCUGUUACAAAAGAGAUGAUGAAUGCGGAUCAAGAUCAGAAAGAUAAACCUGCAGCAGUUCGGACUUCCACACCUGUUCCUGUUUCUCCCGGACUAAUAAAAAACAAUGAUGUUAAAAAGAGCCUAAGGACUCCUUCACAUUCUGCUGAAUCCAAUAGCAAUCGUCAUGAGGUUAUAGUAGAAACACAUGAAACUCCAAAGGCCAUUGCAUUUGAUGUUGCAUUAGAUGAGCAGAAUGGCCUGAACCAGAAGCCUGCUCCCAAACGCUUCCAAAAGUUGGAACCUCUCAGCACAGCACCCAAACUAACACCAGAAUUGCUGGAGGAAAAAAUGAAACAAGUAGAAAUUAAAAGAGAACAGGAAUUGGAAAGAGUGAAGACAGCUUCUAGAAAGUCAUCCAAGAGGAGAAGGGAGCUGAUACAAGCAAGGGAGUUUGAAAGACAGCAACAGCAGUACAAUCAGAUGGAGGAACAGCAAAAGUCAGCAGGAAAAAAUAGAGAAGUUAGGCAGCAAGAAAUUAUUGAAAAGCAGAAAAGAAGGGAAGAACGAGCCAGGAAAGCAAGGGAGAGGGCAUUGAAACUUCAACAGAUGAACACAGAAGAACUUGAUUUUGAUGUUGAAAAAGACGAAGCUUUUAAUGCAGAUGACAAUGACUCAUGGCUGGAUGGAGACAAUAACACCAGAAGUGAUGAUUUAGAUGAAAGAAUCUACUCUGGUCGAACUAGUCCCUUAAAACGUGUUGGCCCACCGAAGGUGUACCCUCACAGUGCUAGCACCACCGACAGUUUUGACAAUGCAUUUAUGAGGAGUCCCCCUGCCUCCAGCAGUCACCAUGACCAGGAUAAUAGGGAUGACUUCUUCGAUUCAUGACAGAAUGGAGAAACAUGCCUUGGUGCUUAUUGAUGAUGUAUAAACCUACCAACAGACCUUCCUCAACCUGAUUUCAUCAGUUAAACUAAAACAAAAAGUGAACAAGUGUGGUAACUGGUCUGAAUGAACACAGAGUCUGAACAUCUGUAAUUAAUUGAAAAAAGUAAACUUUUAGGGUGUUUCUCAAGUAGAAUGCCAGUCAUUGCAAUACAGGUCCUCUAAUGACAUAUAGUGAAAUUAUGUCAUAACACCUGACCACAGGGCACCUGUCCAUUGCUGUUUAAUUAUCUUAUCAUAAUAUUCUGUAAAGAGAUUGAGUCUUGCCUUUCUUUAUACUUGGCAUAAUUAUAUUGAUGAUUGAUUUUCUCAGCACUCUUUUACUUAUGGUAGCAUGCAUGUAUAUUGCAUAAUAUGACAAUGUGAAGCCUGCCUUACAAGGAACAAAGAAAUUCUAAUCAGUAUAAAUACAAGAGAACCUUCAUUGCCUUAUAUGGAACUGCUCAGCACAAAGGUCAACCCUUAUUUGCUCAUUUUUAAGCGAGUGGGAAGAAAGGGGGAGGUACCAGUAGCUAAAAACCAUGAGAAGGCACAUUCAUUGGGUUUUCCUUUGAUCCAUCACGCUUUGAGACAAAAUGCAACAAAAGUUUUUUGCCAUGAAUUUUGCUAUUAUAUUCAUAUCUUGUAAGAAGGUUGCCAUGUAUACUGAUGCCCAAGAAGUGUUGCAUAAGCUUUGUUGUCUGCAACUUGUAUUUUACACCCCAUUUCCAUAGAUUAGAUCGACCUACUUUAGAUUGACCUAACUCCCUGGGGGUUCACGCUAAAUA